AUGACAGAUUAACAAUUAUAAGGUCAGAACAACAUCUAAGAGCAAUAGGAACUUUCAGAAUAGUCGAGUGAUGAGGAAUUAGAUGUGUUUCAUUAUUAGGAAGAAAAAGAGAAAUAUCCGAUGCUUAAUAGGUUAUUGGAAAAUGUGAUAAGUUAAUUGUUAGUUAACCUAUUGACAUUGUAUGCCUUAUAUGGAGAUGAUAUCAGAAUAAUAUGCUUUGAUAAACGGGCAGACAGUACUUUUGAUGGCAUAACAAUAUUUUGCAUAAUAAUAUUUUCUACUGAAAUUGUUAUCACAUCAAUAGUACGAUAGGGUUAUUUUAAUUCAUUUUUUUUUUGGCUCGAUAUAAUAUCUACAGUUUCGCAGAUCCUUGAUAUUACCUUAUUUAAUAUGGCCGUAGGAUUAGAAGGUUCAGUAUCAGCUAAAACAGGAUCUGAUUUAUCCUAAGCAAAUAAGGCUUCAAAAACAAGUUCGAAAGCAGUUCGAGUAGUUAGACUAGUGAGGUUGAUUAGAAUUGUGAAACUGUACAAAGCAGUAAAUUAUUAGAAAGAAGUCGAUUUUCAAAAAACUCUCACUAAGAAACUUUCUACUGUACUAAUUAAAAAUCCAAAUCAUGCAUAGAUUCAUCCUUUAUAAAAUGGAGGUGGGGAUACUCCUCUCCAAAACCAAUCAAGAGAGAUUCCUCACUUCACUACUAUGAAUGGACAGGCAGUUUAAUCUAAAGAUUAACUUAAUAAUAUGACAAGUGUGAUUGAGGGUUUUGAUCAAGGGAAUAGUUAUGAAUAGCGACGUAGUUUAAAAUAGAUUUUACCUGAAAAUUAUUACUUUCAAUAGCAACAACACAAUGAGGAUAUUGCAGGAAAGAUGUAAGAGAAAGAACACAAAGAAUAAACACACAAGAAGGAAUCUAGAGUUAGUAAAAGAUUAUCUGAUGCAACAACAAAGAAAGUAAUACUAUUGGUGAUAUUACUGCUACUGAUAAUGCCUCUAUUUAGUUCAGAUUAUUAUUUUGACUCAUCCUCAAGUUUAGAGUAUGCAGCAUAAUAUUUUAAAGUUGUGGCUGAAAUUCCAAAUACUAAGAUCUCAGAAAUAAAUGAAACCUUGAAUUUUGUAAUAAGCCAACACGAUUAAUUCGACACACCAGUGGGAUUCAUAAGAAAUCCAUUUACAGAGAUACCAGAUUAUGAAAGAGAGAAUUAUGAGUAUUUAAGAGAAAGUGCAAAGAGUUAUUAUUUCAAAUAUGUGGAUCCAAUAUUGGUGGGGUUAAACUACAUAGGAGAUCCGAUUAUUUUAUUUGUAUCUGAUAAUUCAUAGAUAGAGAAAUUAAAUUCCAUAAUAAACAUUGUAAACACACUCUUUGUCAGUUGUGUCUUACUAUUUGGAGCUUUAGCCUUUGCGAAUGAUGCAAAAAAUGUGGCAUUAGCUCCAAUAGAGAGAAUGAUCGCAAAAGUUAAUGUUAUAGCGAAGAAUCCUCAAGAAGCAAAAGAGAUGAAACUGGAAGUAGAAUAACUGCAAAGAGAGACUACUUAAAUUGAAAAUGCUAUAAUUAAGAUAGGAGCUUUGUUAGCCCUUGGAUUUGGAGAUGCAGGAUCAGCUAUCAUAGGAACUAACAUGGCAUCAUCAGGAGACGUAAAUCCUAUGUUACCUGGCAAAAAGAAAUUGGCUAUCUAUGGAUUCUGUGACAUAAGAAACUUUACUGAUGCCACUGAGGUCUUAUAGAAAGAUGUCAUGGUUUUUGUUAAUAGCAUAGCUGAGAUCGUUCAUGCAAUGGUAAAUAGGUAUUAAGGUUCAGCCAAUAAAAAUAUAGGCGAUGCCUUUCUAUUAGUUUGGAAGGUCUCUGAUCAUUCUUGGUAUGAGGAGAAUGGGAAAAUCAAAUGGAAAAACUAUGAACAAAUCAAUAUGAUCGCCGAUUGCUCCUUGCUUUCCUUUAUGAAGAUAUUCGCUAAAAUUAAUAGAGAACCUAAAAUAUUGGAGUAUCGAAAUGAUGCAAGAUUGACACAAAGACUGCCUGGAUACAAAGUAAAGAUGGGUUUUGGAUUGCAUAUAGGAUGGGGGAUUGAGGGAGCAAUUGGUUCUGAGUUUAAAAUUGAUGCGUCAUAUCUUAGUCCCAAUGUCAAUAUGGCUUCUAGAUUGGAGGCUGCCACCAAAUAAUAUGGAGUCUCACUUCUCAUUUCUAGUGAUCUUUAUCUACUUUUCUCUCCAGGUCUCAAAAAGUAUCAAAGACAAAUUGAUAUGGUAACUGUUAAAGGAAGUGUUAGACCUAUUGGACUCUACACUAUUGAUAUUGAGGGUGAUAAUCUUCCUCCUAGUAAGGAAGACUAUCCUCAAGAGGAAAGGUUUUAAGUUAUGGACUAAAAGAGGCAAAUCUUUGUGAAUUAAAUUGAAGCAGGAGAAUUCAAAUCUGAAAAUCACAUAAAUAGAAACAAAGAUCUUUUAUUAAUUAUGAAGAAUUAUAAUCCUGAGUUCCAAGCUCAAUUCAGUCAAGGAUUUUAGGGAUACUUAUUGGGAAAUUGGAAAGAAGCCCAAAUGUGGUUUGAAAGAGCCAAAUUAUUGAAGCCAAAUGAUGGACCUAUUGCAACUUUAUUUUCUGUGAUGGGGGAAUCUAAUUUUAAGGCUCCAUCUGACUGGAAAGGAUACAGAGAGUUAACAGAAAAAUGA